AUGUGUAACCCAAGGGCGGUUUGGUUAAGAAGGCUGCAGCUUUUUACCCUAUUAACUCAGGCAGCGCUCAAACCAGCAAUGCCUCCAGUGAUCAAGGACCAGCCUUUCAACAUUUUCUGGGCAGCCCCAACAAUGUAUUGUAACCAUUUUUUCAAUGUGGAUAUAAAUCUUCAAAUAUUUAACAUUAUAUCAAAUCCAUUAGAGACUCAGAGUGGAGCCACAGUUGUCAUAUUUUAUCCAAAUGAAUUAGGGUAUUACCCUUAUUUCUUUCAAGGUGGAAAGUCUUUUAAUGGAGGAAUACCACAGAAUGCUAGCCUUUCUAAACACCUCAGGAAAACCGCCAAUGACAUUGCAAAAGCUGUCCCUUGGUGGAGAUCAGAAGCACUUGUUGUUAUUGACUGGGAAAGUUGGAAACCCCAAUGGGAUAGAAAUUGGGGCAGUAGAAUCAUAUAUAAAAACCACUCCUUAGCCUUCACUAGAAACCACCAUCCUGACUGGUCAGAAACGGAAGUGAAAACAGUUGCCCAAAAGGAAUUUGAAAAUGCUGGAAAGAGUUUUAUGAACAUUACUCUCACAAUGGCUUUAGAAAUGAGACCAAAAUGUUUAUGGGGCUUUUAUCUCUAUCCAGACUGCUACAAUUAUGAUUACAGGAUAAAUCCAGAGACAUACACAGGUAAUUGCCCAAAGGAUGAAAUUUUCCGCAAUGACCAGCUCCUGUGGCUGUGGAAAAAAAGCACAGCACUUUAUCCUUCAAUAUAUUUGGAUAAAAUAUUGAAGUCAAGUUUAAACGCUUUGAAAUUUGUCCAUUAUAGAAUUAGAGAAGCCGUGAGAAUUGCUGAAAUGGCUAGACAUGACUAUAUUUUGCCAGUUUUUGUUUUCUCCAGACCAUUUUACUUGCAUAGUACCGAAGCUCUGUCACAGGAAGACUUGGUGCAUACAAUUGGUGAAAGUGCCUCUCUGGGGGCAGCAGGAAUAAUAUUGUGGGGAGAAUAUGAAUAUUCUGCUUCAAAGGAGAACUGCUUAUCUAUGCAGCAAUCUAUUCAAGGGCUUUUGGGCCACUAUGCUGUUAAUGUGACCUCUGCAGCCAGGCUCUGCAGUCAAAGUCUAUGUAACAACCAUGGAAGAUGUGUUCGCAAAGUCCCUGACUCCUCUUUCUACCUGCAUAUGCCUGAAGGGAGUGCUAAGAAAUAUGUCCUGGACAAGAGUUUCAGAUUCCUCAUUUCUGAAAAAAAUAAACUGAAGACAAUAACGGACAUGAAGAACGGAUUUGUGUGUCACUGCUACUAUGGUUGGCAUGGACAGUCUUGCCAUGACCACUACUCAGAUCUCCCGAGAGAGAAGAAUAAGUCCCCUACGGCUCACUUUAAUUUAUCAGUUUUUCUCAGCAUGGCCUUAUCUGUGAUUCUGCUAAACAUUUUUUUACCCCUUACUACAAUGUCAAUUUUUUCUUGA